GACGAAUGGCCGGCAGGAGCGGUAACGGGUGCGUGUUGUCUUCAGUGUCGGGCACGCAGCCAACCAGCACGGCUCUCUUUCUCUCUCGUUCGCCGACGCGUGUUUCCCGUUGCCUCGAAAGGGCGGGAAACGGUAUUCCGAAAUCGGUAAAUUCGCGUCGUUUCGUAUCGGAUUUGUCGCGACGAACGAAAGCAUUCCGCACGGCUCAAAUCAAUUUGUCCGAGAAAAGUUCGGACGAUCGUCGUGAUUCGCUUAUGCUUGCAUUUCGAACCGAACCUGAGAGGCUCGAAGUGAGUCACACCGUGUGAAUGCGGUGAACUGUUGCUAAACCACGGCGACAACGGUGCCACAACAAAACCAAUCGUAACGCGUGUCGUUUUUCCCGAUUUCCGAAAUUGAGUGUGCGCCGAUACCGCGCGCGAAACGAGCAUCGGGAAUCGAUGCCGACACGCUUUUCCGCGGAAAUCGGAGCGACCGGCUGAUGCAUUUAUUCCGGCCCCGGUGUCGAGGUCCCAGCGAAGUGCACUCUGUGAAAUGAAUAUGCGGAAUUUAUUCUGGCUGAAUUUAAUUCGCGCCCAGCCAUUGUCACGCCGUGUGCCAUUUUCGCGUGCCGCCGACGCGGCGUCGUUCGAAACGCGCGCGAAUUGUGUUCGAUCUGUCGUGUGACCCGUGCUGUUAAAUAACAAUUGAAGGAAGUGAUGAACGGUUUCUGCUGGCCGGUGAUUCAUCGAUCUCUUCAGAGAUUUUGCUCUUCGUUGGUCCGAGAUCCCACGAAACUUGCGUCCUGUCCGAGGUCGACGGAGAACGGCGAGCGGAGUGAAAUCGAAGUGGAUUUGUUCCGGAUGUCGUUGGCCGAGGAUUGGGUGACGAGGAGGCGGUGAACGCGGAAUGCUCGCGGUUAGGAUGACAUUGUUCGGGAUCGUGGAGGAACACCGGCGAAUGUUGGUCGACAGCGGCUGAUACCGGCCAAUUCGAUUAGAGAAACGUGAUUGCGGCCGAUUAAUCGAUCCGCGCCUUUCGUGGCUCGUCCCCGGCUCGGUCGCGAACAGACAAAGAAUUCACGAUCUUCGAGGCUCCGUAUGACCGAGAUUUUUGUACAAACUAGUCCUUGUAUCAUAGUUUUUACAGAGCAAUUUAUCGCCAGCGUAAUUUAUUCCUAGAUAUUUUCCUAUCGGAGAAAUAAUUGUACCAAAUGUUCAUCGCGUGUCCGACCGCAGAGUAUUUUUCUAAAUAAUUAUCGAGGAGGAUCGCCGAGAAACUGAAUUUCUUUAUUCGCUCCUCGAGACGAAGCUCGCACGGGGGAAUAAGAAGAAUAAAAAGAAGUUUUUCGACUCCGUUCGGAAGGAUUACGAUUAUCCGGCUCGUUUCUCUCGGGUGCUCACACAGUGCUCCGUGUUGAAUGAUCUAUUUUCGAAAAACACGUCUCGCUCCGAAAAUAAAAGAAAAACCGGAAUACUCGUUUCUAACUGGGUCAUCGGCAAAGAGAAAUCGCCGGGACCGUGUCGGAAGCAGUUUCGAUCUUUUGGACUUCGAAAAUCCGGCCUCGCUCGAAGACCAAAAGCGACCACGACAGAACCGAUUUAUACCGGAAGACGUCUGUUCUCAGUAUUUGCCACGAUAAAGUAUUUUAGACAAUCGAAGAAAUCGCUGUAAACCUAAUGGAACGCCGCUAAACUUGUUCAAAUCUCGAAGCGGAAGAUCUCCAGCCAAAUAUCCUGCGUUUAGAAAUCGAAAGGUUCGCACGAGGUUGGAGGAGAAUCGUUUCAAACUCCGUCAAACUCGGUCAAACCUCUUCGAACCUCGACGAAUCAAGACUUAGAGAUCGGUUCGAACUGGUCCGACUGUAAAGAUAAGAGGAAAACCGAGCGACAGGAUCGAAAUCGGUGAGCACCAGGCGGAACUGAUGCGGGUGGCUGAGAGUUAGGCGCGCCCUGGUUACUAUUCUAAUCCGCGUCCUUGAGGAACGGCUCGGCCCGUUGGUGUCUGGAAGUCUGGAGCUUGGCCGUGGCCGAUUGAUCGCGCACCAGGGUCUCCUCGUUGUACCAACAAACGGCCGAGGGAACCUGGGAGAACCUGAGGAUGCCGGGAAUCGUCGUCAGCCACGAGCCGAAAAUAAAGAGAGCACUGAUUUUCAUCGACAAAUAAUCGACGCUCUUCAGUCUCCCGAGGCUUAGCCGACCUGGUGGCCGUGCACGCAGCUACCCCUUCGAUCCUGGCAGAACGAAUCGCUUGGGAUUACUAUAAAAACAAGGAUCGACAGGCCUUGGUUCCCGCGGCUCCAAGAAGAAGUCAAAGAGCAGCAGCAGCGACUUGGUCCCAUAAAGUGGUGCUCUCGAGGCCAAGAGGCCCGUGGAGAACCAACAGAGCCACCAUACAGAAGCCAACAACCCAUAGAGGAGUGACCGUAUCGGCGCACUUGAGCCCCGGCCGGUUCGUCGAGGAAGCUAAUUUUAAAACGAUCUCAGGACUCCUUCGAUCUUUGUGAUGAUCAACGACCAUGGCGCCAGGAGCAACGACCCUGACGAGUCUCCUGCUGCUGAUGUCGAUCGCGAGGUGCUCGAACGGCUCCGCGAACACCCAGUCGUCGUACACCAAGGUUCUGAGGGCUGUCAAGCUACCUGGUGGUUACAUGGAGGUGAUCCAAGAGGAGCACUGCUCGCACAACACUGUCAGACUGACCUGCAGGUCCCUCAAGGCGUUCAUCUUCAUCAUCGAGGCGGAAUACUGGCCGAAUCGCACUCACGUAUGCAGGCACGAGGCACAGAAGCUGGUCAAGAAGACUCCCUCGGGCAGAGGUAACAUGCAGUUCAGGAGCCAGAAGCUCAUGGGGAAUUACAUAGAUGACAUUGAGGACGAGGGGCUGAGGGUGGUGGACGUCAGACGAUCGGUGAACAGUAGAUGUUCCGGGAAAAAGCAUUGUCCAUACAGCUUUAUUACGGAUCAUCCGAGCGCAGCUUAUUGGAAUCCGGCUGCUUUGAGAAUAAAAUACGCUUGUGUCCCAGAGAACUCCGUGAGGAAGUAUUGCAACGAGGAUCUAAAGGUGGCGCAGGGCGAGGGCGGAUUCGUGAACUCGCCCGGCUAUCCGCUUUAUUAUCUCGGCGAGAAUACGUGCGGAUGGACGUUCAGGUCCGCUCCUGGCCAAAGGAUCGUCCUCACUUUCCACGACCUAGAUAUACGGGGGCCGGAAGUGGACGGGAGCUGCGUGGACGUGGUCAGAGUGCGCGACAGAGGAAGAACUCUUCUGGAGCAUUGCGGAACCGCAGCUGGUGUCAGGGUCAUCUCGAAUUCGAACGUGAUCACACUCGACCUUGUCGCCUCGAAGGUGUUCUACGCGGCCCGGGGAUUCUUCUUGCAUUAUCAAGUGCUGGGAUGCCCGGACGUAUCAACACCGAAUGGGAGCUAUAUAUUGAACGGCACCCUGACGUCCAGGACGUUUCUGUGUAAAUUCGGCACCGUGUUUCCGGACAGCAAGGAAAGUAUACGGACGCUCGAGUGCAAGAACGGCAAGUGGAACGAGAGUGUCGUCACCAUACCCAGCUGCAAAGCCACGUCGGCGGUGAUCCUAAAGACAGAACACGAGCACCACCAGCUGUCAUCUCUGUCCGAAGACAAUAUCCUCGGCUCGGGGGUUAGAAUCGGGCGAGGCGAGGACGCAGCCGCAACCGGCACCAGGGAGAUUAUGGAUUCGUCGCAAUCAGCCAUGAUGAAGCAAUCGGACUACGUCGUAGAUGUCGUACUGCCGACCGUCCUAAUUGCACUGCUGUUCGUUGGCAACGCCAUCAUCGUCUAUAUCAUCUUCCAGUACAGAAAAAGGAAAGUUCCACCGCUAGAGCAAGGGGAGGAGAUGGCUCUGCAGAACUCGCCGGAUGUGCCGCAGGUGUGAUUCGUCGGAUAAUCGACAAUUAAGUUCACGGUGCCAGCAGAAACGUCAGCGAGGAGGCCUACGUUGCAUUUUUCUACGAGGAUGAUCUCCAAGAAUCGAUCUCGCGAUGGACCUCGAUCGUUCUCUUGCGACUCAAGUUCGUUUUAAGUGGCAGGAAAAUGGCCGUCAAGGAGUCGGGGUUUUUCGAAAUUCGUGUCUGUCGUCGUACUCAAAACGUUCUUCGUAGAAACAAGCAUGCUCGUCGCGAACGAGAAGCAAAUUAUCGCGCGAUUCUAUUCGGAGCCACUUAACAAAGAAAGACUAUACCGAAUGCGCUCGUAAACGCAAAAAUUCGCUGUCAAUGUUAGAACUCAGGCGCCUAUCUAGUGUUGCCACAAUAUGACGUAUAUACACGCACACGCACACAUACACAACACAUACAACACACACACACACAACACAUCCAUUUACGGUUAUGUAUUAUAAUAUAAGGAAAUAAUAUAUUCUAUAUUUCGUCCAAAAAUUGUGACUAAGUUAAGAAUAAACUGAUGUUUUCUUAA